AUGCAAUCAACCUCCACAACAAAUUCUGUCGCCUAUCAAUCAGAAAGUUUACCAUCUUUUCCUUCAAUUAUGCCUGAACGAGAUCAACCAAACAUCAUGGAACCAACAACAGUCUCAUAUUGGACCAACAAUCAAGUAGAACAGUCAACAUCCAUAAAUGCAACGGUAAAUGAUCAUUACAGUCCAACACAAGUGCAAUCAACCUCGACAACAAAUUCUGUCGCCUAUCAAUCAGAAAGUUUACCAUCUUUUCCUUCAAUUAUGCCUGAACGAAAUCAACCAAACAUCAUGGAACCAACAACAGUCUCAUAUUGGACCAACAAUCAAGUAGAACAGUCAACAUCCAUAAAUGCAACGGUAAAUGAUCAUUACAGUCCAACACAAGUGCAAUCAACCUCGACAACAAAUUCUGUCGCCUAUCAAUCAGAAAGUUUACCAUCUUUUCCUUCAAUUAUGCCUGAACGAGAUCAACCAAACAUCAUGGAACCAACAACAGUCUCAUAUUGGACUUACAAUCAAGUAGAACAGUCAACAUCCAUAAAUGCAACGGUAAAUGAUCAUUACAGUCCAACACAAGUGCAAUCAACCUCGACAACAAAUUCUGUCGCCUAUCAAUCAGAAAGUUUACCAUCUUUUCCUUCAAUUAUGCCUGAACGAGAUCAACCAAACAUCAUGGAACCAACAACAGUCUCAUAUUGGACCAACAAUCAAGUAGAACAGUCAACAUCCAUAAAUGCAACGGUAAAUGAUCAUUACAGUCCAACACAAGUGCAAUCAACCUCAACAACAAAUUCUGUCGCCUAUCAAUCAGAAAGUUUACCAUCUUUUCCUUCAAUUAUGCCUGAACGAGAUCAACCAAACAUCACGGAACCAACAUCAGUCCCAACGUUAAACAAUCAUUAUGACUUUUCACGAAUGGCGACAGCAUUGCCUCAAAAUUCAACUAGUAAUCGAUCUGGAGAAGCUACGCUCAUCGAUUCAACCACAUCUCACAACGGCCCAAUAACAUUGAUGAGAACAAUUCCUACACCAACUUCGAUUAACAAUCAAAGACCAUCAUCUACAUCAAUCGAUACAACCUCAUUUCAUAAUGGUCCAACAACACUAAUAGAAACCAUUUAUGAAACAACUUCGGUUGGCAAUCAACGUAAACCAUCUACUUCUACCGAUGCAACUACGAAAACACCGAAUUUGACCAAUCGUCAACCCAGGCAAUCUGCUUCGUUGGCUCCAAAUGGUACGAAUGAUGAUGAUGAGGUUGAUGCAGAUGAAGAUACAGCCCAACACAACAUGCAAUCAACCUCGACAAGAAAUUCUGUCGUCUAUCAAUCAGUAAGUUUACCAUCUUUUCCUUCAAUUAUGCCUGAAUGA